CGGUGGGUCAGGAGCUCCAAACGCUCUCGCUUUCCCUCUUCCCAGGAAGCCUUGAGGAGAAAGGUUUGGUAGACCCACUUCAUCCAGGUCAUGGAAUCAUCAUCAAAAGGUUUGCUUACCCAAGUGACUCAACUCUGGAACCUCCUAGAUGACCUGGCUGAAAGUGACCCUGAACGUUAUGAGAAGUUCAUUCAACAGCAGCUGAAGGAAGGAGAGAAACACUGUGCUGGACCUGAGCCACAGCUCUGUUUGCAGGCCAAGAUCUUGAAACCAGAAGAAAAAAUAUUAUUCAUCAACCUGUGUCAGUGGACAAGUAUCCCAGCACCUCAGUCAAAAGCAGAGCCUGUACCUUUGAGUGUUGGUAAACCAGAAGAUGUAUCUGAGACAUCAGAAUCAUACGCAGUUAUUGAUGUUGCCUACAACCCUGCUGUUCUCAAGGCAGCCAAAGAUAACGAAAUGGAAAUGGAUCAGCUGAUUCACCUGACAAUGAAAUGCAUUGAGGAUCGAUAUCAAUUUACUCUUUCUCAUUCCUAUCACAUCACAAAAACCAGGAAGAAAGGAAGCUUCCAAAGGAUGAAAAAGAAUUUGACGGGAAUCCAAACUGACUCAACAGAUUUAAGUGAGAAAAUGAAGAAAGAACUAACUCUUGAGCAGUUGAGAAACUGUAGUAUGAAUAACCAAGAUGACAUUCCACAACUUUUACUGCCAAAGAACCAUAUUCCAAGGAAACAAGGGUGUCUAAUUGAGGAAAUUUCCAGUAGUGAGCUCCAAGUUGAGCUGAAGACUCCAAAUUAUAAGCUGACAAUUGUGAAGGAUCAGAAUGGGAGAUCACUGAGAAUUGAGAUGAAAGUUGAACUUCCUGGUCUUAUUUCCACCUGUGACUGUGACCUUAGUGUUUCUAAGGAUGACUUAGUGAUUGAGGUCCCUGAGAAGUACCGAUUGCAGGUGGAUCUUCCAGAAUUGGUUAAUACUGAAACAACUACAGCCAAAUUUGUCACAGGGAAAGCUACUUUAAUCAUCAGCAUGCCAGUACUGCAGUAAAAGAGCAGCAUGUUAGGCUUUUAUUGUUCUACCACUGAGCUCCUGUGAAGGCAUUAAAGGCUUUUGCAUCACAGGUAAGAAGUGGGUGAUAUUAAAUACUAAUUUCAGAUUUCUUAAGUUCUUACAGCAUUUGCAUGUCUUCAGAUUUUGCCCUAUUUCCUCUAUUCUGUUGUCCCUUUUCCCACAUAUGGCCUUGCCUUUAUCUU